AUGAAUGCAACAUCCAAGGUGAUGAUAGAUGGGGCGUUAGAGAAGAUCGAUGCGGCGCUAGAGAAGAUGAAUGCAGCAUCCAAGGUGAUGAUAGAUGGGGCGUUAGAGAAGAUCGAUGCGGCAUCCAAGGUGAUGAUAGAUGCGGCAUCCAAGAUGAUUGAAGCCACAUCCAAGCAGCAUGACACUAGAGCUGGCGAGCAAGAUGGUGACAUGCAGGAGAUGCAGUCACUCGUCCAUACGCUGGUUACCAAGGAACGACAAAGCAAUGGCGAGUUGCAACGUGCUCGGAAAAUUCUGAUAGAUGAACUGCCGAAGUUUACAAAUGUGCAGGAACAUAUAGGCAUCAAAUGGAUGGGUGAGCUGGAUCUGAAAGCAUUUGCGAAUGCUUCUUGCAGCAAAAAUGUGCCACAAGAAGAUGCACAAGUGAACUCUGCUAUUCUUUGUUCAAAAUGGCAAGCUGAAAUCGCAAACCCGGGCUGGCAUCCUUUUAGGGUAGUCAUGGUUGAUGGUCAAGAGACGCAAAUUCUCUCAGAGGACGAUGACAAGCUACGCAGCUUAAAAGAGGAGCAUGGUGAGGAAAUCUACAGCUUGGUGACAAAGGGGCUGCUUGAGAUGAACGAGUACAACCCCAGCGGACGCUACGCCACACCGGAGCUGUGGAACCGUAAGGAUGACCGGAAAGCAACACUGGAGGAAGCCAUCCAGCAAGACAAUGAGAUGCAAGCAAUGAGAUCGCUCAACAAGACACUGGUUACCAAGGAAAUACAAAGCAACGAUGAGUUGCAGCAUGCCCGGAAGAUGCUCAUACAGCUUAUAACUUGCAACUUUGAGUCAUCAAUUUCUCAUAGGCUAGUAGCAUUCUAUAAUACAAAUACCGAGCGGGUUCAGUACAUGACAUCUGCCUUUGCAAACAUUCCCUUCUUUCUAGGAAAUCCUCUCGAUGACAAGCUUCGCGUCCUAAAAGAGGAGCAUGGUGAAGAAAUCUACAGCUUGGUGACAAAGGCGCUGCUCGAGAUCAACGAGUACAACCCCAGCGGACGCUACGUUGUACCUGAGGUGUGGAACUGCAAGAAUGACCGGAAGGCAACGCUGGAGGAAGGCAUCAAGUUCAUUGUCGAACAGUCCCAGUCACCCAAGAGGAACGUUGAGGCCCCAAAUAGUGAGUCUGGGGUGCCCUGCUUUUGCUUUGAUGAAACUGAUACGUGCCCCUUGAACUUUGACUUAUGGUAA